AUGUCUAGUGGUGAAUUUCGUGACAGUUUGGUCGAUCCCCCAGCCGCCAAAAAGCGGAAGCUGCCAUCACCGACGCCGUCGCUGACACAGCCGCCCGAGCAGCAGCAGCCGCCGCAUACGUCAUCGCCCGCGAUUGAGUGCUCUGCACCAUCAUCGGCCGCAACCGCUGCAGUAGUAGUAAUGGCGACGUCCAACAACAAUGGCUCAGCUCCCGUGCCGUGCGAGAACAACUCCGCUGCUGGUGGCGCCCAGGAAAUCGACGAGGGCCUGUACUCGCGCCAGCUGUACGUGCUUGGCCAUGACGCGAUGCGUCGGAUGGCCCGCUCGGAUGUGCUGAUUUCCGGGCUCGGUGGGCUCGGUGUCGAGGUGGCCAAGAACGUGAUUCUCGGUGGUGUGAAGUCUGUCACCCUGCAUGACACGGCGGUUUGCACUGUCGGCGACCUAUCGUCGCAGUUCUAUCUGACCGCGGAAGAUGUGGCCAGUGGCCGGAAUCGGGCUGAGGCGAGCUGCCAGCAGCUGUCCGACCUCAACCAUUACGUGCCAACCGUGGCGUACACCGGGGAGCUGACGGAGGAGUUCCUGCAGAAGUUCCGGGUCGUGGUGCUGACGCUGUCAUCCGUAGCCGAGCAGCACCGGGUGGCGGAGAUUACCCAUCGGCACAACAUCGCCCUCAUCGUUGCUGAUACCCGUGGUCUGUUCGCCCAGGUCUUUUGUGACUUUGGUGUCGAUUUUACCGUGUAUGAUCAGAAUGGGGCCACUCCGGGCUCGGCCAUGGUGGCCAGCGUUACGAACGACGUCGAGAGCAUCGUAACGUGCGUGGACGAAACACGCCACGGUUUCGAGGAUGGCGAUUAUGUUACCUUCACCGAGGUCGAAGGAAUGACGGAGCUGAACGGAUGUGCCCCGAUGAAGAUCAAGGUGUUGGGACCGUACACGUUCAGCAUUGGCGACACGACCAAGCUAAGCCCGUACGUGCGCGGUGGCAUUGCGACGCAGGUGAAAAUGUCCAAGCAGAUGUCGUUCAAAUCGUUGGCCGAGGCUGAAAAUGCGCCUGAGUUCAUCAUGACCGAUUACUCCAAGUGGGACCAUCCUGUCAACACCCAGAUCGCCUUCACCGUGCUCGGCAGGUACCAGGAUCAACACGGACGAUUGCCGCGUCCCUGGAACACGGCCGAUGCCGCAGAGUUUCUGGAGAUGUGCCGCAAGCGCGCCAAGGAGCUCUCUGUCGAGGAGUUGAACGAAUCUAUGUUGACUAAGUUCGCAAAGGUGUGCGCAGGGGAUCUGUGUCCGAUGAACGGUGCUAUCGGUGGUAUAACGGCACAGGAAGUAAUGAAGGCGUGUACUGGCAAGUUCACGCCGAUCAAUCAGUACUUGUGCUUCGAUGCGAUCGACUGUCUGCAGGAUGGUGAGCUGACUGAGGAGGAGUGUGCCCCAUCCGGGUCGCGGUAUGACGGACAGAUUGCCGUCUUUGGGCGCAAGUUCCAGGAUGUGCUUGGCCAGCUGAAGUACUUCAUCGUCGGUGCUGGGGCGAUCGGUUGCGAGCUGCUUAAAAACUUUGCCAUGAUUGGUGUUGCUUCCCGCGGCGAUGGAGAAAUUAUCGUAACUGACAUGGAUUUGAUCGAAAAGAGCAACCUGAACCGGCAGUUCCUGUUCCGGCCACAUGACGUGCAACAGCCGAAAUCUCGCGUUGCCGCUCAGGCGGUGAAACGCAUGAAUGGAGACAUUAAGGUGACGUCGCACGAGAACCGCGUUGGUCCUGAGACAGAGCGAUCGUAUGACGAUACGUUCUUUAACCGUUUGGACGGCGUUGCUAAUGCUCUGGAUAACAUUGAUGCGCGUAUCUACAUGGAUCGGCGUUGUGUGUACUACCGCAAACCGCUACUGGAGUCGGGAACUCUCGGAACUCUUGGCAAUAUUCAGGUUGUCGUGCCGUUUUUGACGGAAUCGUACAGCUCGUCGCAGGAUCCGCCAGAGAAAUCGAUCCCGAUCUGCACGCUGAAGAACUUCCCCAAUGCAAUCGAACACACACUUCAAUGGGCACGGGACACCUUCGAGGGUAUCUUCAAGCAGGCUGCCGAAAACGCAGCGCAAUAUAUCACGGAUCCGACGUUCAUCGAGCGCACGCUUAAACUGCCAGGGGUACAGCCGCUGGAUGUUCUCGAUUCGGUUAAGAAAGCACUGAUUGACGAGAGACCGAAAACUAUUGAAGACUGCGUCAAAUGGGCCCGCGUAUACUUCGAAGAGCAGUACUCGAAUCAGAUCCGCCAGCUGCUCUUCAACUUCCCGCCAGAUCAGAUGAGCUCGACGGGACAGCCGUUCUGGUCUGGACCAAAACGCCUGCCAGAAGCGAUCAAUUUCGAUGCGGACAAUGCGUUGCAUUUGGAUUACGUGUAUGCCACCGCGAAUCUGAAGGCGGAAGUGUACGGCAUUCCGCAGCAGCGUAGCCGCGAUGCCAUCCGGAAGAUUGUGAUGAGCGUUGAUGUGCCGAAGUUUACACCUCGAUCUGGUGUUAAAAUCGCUGUGACAGACUCAGCCCUGCAGGCGGAAGAAAAUGGCGGUGGUGUCGGUGGUGACAUGGAUCCGCACCGAAUUAGCCGGUUGCAGAACGAGCUGGCUUCGUUGGGGCGGCUCGACUUCACGAUCACCCCGCUCGAAUUCGAGAAGGACGAUGACAACAAUCUGCACAUGGACUUCAUCGUGGCCGCUUCGAAUCUGCGCGCGGCCAACUACAAAAUCCAACCGGCCGACCGUCACAAGUCGAAGCUGAUCGCGGGCAAAAUCAUGCCAGCCAUUGCCACCACCACGUCGCUCGUUGCCGGAUGUGCUUCACUGGAGCUGUACAAGCUAGCUCAAGGAUUCAACACAUUGGAUCGCUUCAAGAAUGGUUUCCUUAACCUUGCCCUGCCAUUCUUCACCUUCUCCGAGCCGAUCCAGGCGAAGAAGUCGACCUACUACGACAAGGAGUGGACGCUGUGGGACCGCUUCGAGGUGAAGGGCGAGUUGACGUUGCAGGAGUUCCUGGACUAUUUCGACCGCGAGCACAAGCUGAAGAUUACGAUGCUGUCGCAGGGUGUUUGCAUGCUGUAUGCGUUCUUCAUGACCAAGCAGAAGCAACAGGAGCGGCUGAACCUACCGAUGUCGGAGGUCGUCCGGAAGGUGUCGAAAAAGAGCAUCGAACCUCACGUGCGUGCGCUUGUGUUUGAGAUCUGCUGCAACGAUGAAGCCGGCGAGGACGUAGAGGUGCCCUACGUACGCUAUGUGCUACCUUGAAUGCCUCUUUGCAGGUGCCCGCGGCAUUAGCGAACGAAGGAUGGAUGGGGCUCGAGAUCUGGGAGGUUUCGAUUAUUGAUUAACGUUUGUGGAUUAUAGGGGAGUGGACUAUUAGCGAUUAUUGAUCGAAAAUGUUGCGAAUACACGAUUAAUGGGAAGGCGACAGAAACACAGCCUAGGAAGAUUAGUAGAAAGGAAUUACCCUGCGAGCAGAAUUAGAGCAAACAAAAAGAUCACACCAAGCAUAGACACGGGCGUAUUGCAGAAGCCCUCAACUUCACUUUUUCAAAGUAGCACACCAGAUUACCAACCGAAAAUAGUGACCGAACCGUCGGGAGAAGUGAAAUCUUUAUAUCGAACCACAAUCGUAAGAAACAAUCAAUGGAGCAUGUGUUUAGAUACGCAUAAAUGUUCUUAUGCGUUCUGUUGGUUGGCUGUUACUUUGUCAACAUCGCCUGGGUGGCUGGUGGGUGUUCUGCAUUACUCGAGAAAACGUUGAAAUUUUCGAAUAACCUUUUUCUUGCUUGUGUGUGCAUCAUUUAGUAUUUAUUUUUUUUAUUAAUAUUCCUCCCGAGUGGCUCUGAAUAAUCGCAAUCGCCGAUUUCGUGGUAACAGCAUAGAAGAGAACAGCGAAAGAUGGCGAGAGAGCGAAAAGAGCGAUAGUAUCACUUAGAUGAAGUUGAGUAGAAUAAAACAACGUUGCAGGUUAUCAACAGA